AUGCCUGCUACAUCAAACACUGAUAAAGAUGCUUUGGAAAAACCCUUUGGCAUCAACAACGUACGUGCUUACGUACCCCUCACGCUCGAUCUCAACGAGCUUAACUAUGACGCAUGGCGUGGGCUUUUUGAAGCUCUUUGUCUUAGUUUCGGUGUGAAACAUCAUCUUGAUGACCCGGCCCCAACAAACCCGUGUCCCGAAUGGGAGAAAAUGGAUGCUCUCGUCAAACUUUGGCUCUAUGGCACUCUCCACCCCUCUCUUCUUCAGAUGAUACUCAAGAAGGGAUGGACAGCUAACAUUAUGUGGACUAGCCUUGAAAGUCUUUUCCGUGAUAACAAAGACGCCCGGGCAAUCGAACUUGAAAAUGAUCUCUGCUCGAUUGAAAUUGGUGACCUAUCAAUCGCCGCCUACUGCCAGAAAAUCAAGGUGACAGCCGAUCUCCUCUCCAACAUCGACCAACCAGUUCUUGAAAAGACCUUGGUUAUGUACAUGAUUAAUGGACUUGGCGAAAAAUUCGAUCAGGUUGUUGGUAUUAUUCGCCAUCAACAACCGCUCCCUUCCUUCUUUCAAGUUCGCUCGAUGUUACUACUUGAAAGAUCUCGAUUGGCCGGUCUGCGCCCUACUCACGGUUCUCACCGUGACAAUAGCUCUUCCCCCUCCGCUCUCGUAACCAGCUUCGGGCAAUAG